AUGGAUGCUAAGCUGAAAGGAUCACCAUCUUUUAUAUGGAGGAGCCUUUGGUCAAGCUUGGGGCUAUUAAAGGAGGGGUUGGUUCAGACUCCUAUCAACACUUUGGACAUUGAGACCAAAGUGGGUGCAUUGAUUGAUGAAGAUAGUAAUUCUUGGAAGAUAGACCUGGUGGAAACAAUCUUUAAGGAAGAAGAAGCAAAGCUCAUCUGCUCUAUACCUAUCAGUAGAAGUGGGGCAAGUGACAGAAGGAUUUGGGCUAGUUUAGAAAGGGGAAACUUCUCAAUCAAAAGUGCUUAUUUUCUAGAAACCAAACUGUCAAACAGGAGCUCAGGGGAACCUUCAACAGGUGGGGGAAACAAUUCGAUGUGGAAAGACCUUUGGCAAUUAGAAGUUCCUGCCAAGGCCAAACUGCUCAUAUGGAAAUGCCUAAGCAACAUACGUCCUACAAAAGACAGUCUGCUCAGAGAGAACAUUGUUGAGAGUAAUCUGUGUCCAGUUUGUGCAAGAGAGAAAGAAACAAAAGUGCAUGUUUUAUGGGUUUGUCCUGCAGUAGCAGAUGUUUGGGGUGGAGAGACCAGUUUGUUUAGGAAAUGGAAAAGAUUUUAUCCUGACUUCCAGCAGCUUUGGGGAGAGAUGACUGGGAAAUUGAACCAGGAAAGCAUUGAACUGGUUGUAGUCUUGUUCUACCACAUAUGGGCUAGGAGGAAUGCGUAUACUUUUCAAACUCAGUUUAAGAACCGUGCUACAAUUGUUGCUUUGGCUCAGGCAGACCUAUCUUUGCUUAAGGAGAUCAAUCUUAACAGCAGUAAUAGAGCAGCAAGGAGUCGAGGGAGAGGACCUAGUCAGUCUUGGUAG